AAUAUUUAUUAUUUGAAUGGCUUUAAAAGAGGGCAUAUUAUGGAGUCUAUAGUAAGCUUUGUCCGUGACUUUAUCAACAGCAUUCCCUCUCAAGCCCUAACAGAAAGUAUAGGACUUAUGCUGUGUGGCCCAGCAUAUAUGCUCGUAUAUAGGACGAUUUGUGCCUUGACACAUGGAAAUGAUAAGAAAUUUUCAGCUGGACCUUUAGACUGGAUUUUGAACUACGCCUGCACUAUUUUACCAUUCAUUAUCACCUUUUCCUACCUAGCCUACCUAAGAUAUUAUAUAAUUCUGCUCGGACUAGAACUAGCAACAUUUUUUAUGGCACUGAACCCUGCUAUUCGCAAAACAGAAGAUCCAAUUCCUCGAGAAUGGUGUGAGCUUGAUAGAUUGAAUGAUAAAAGGAAGAAUUUUAUAAAGAACAUACGUGAAAACUUGGUGGUCGCUACUUGCGUUGCCAUUCUGGCCGUUGAUUUUCCCGCCUACUUUCCUGUUAGAUUAUCUAAGUCGUCUGUAUAUGGAGCCUCUAUUAUGGACUUUGGCGUGUCUUCCUUCGUAUUCAUGAACGGGAUCACAACAAGUAAAGGAGAAAUGCCAAACUUGAAGCGUAUAAAAAAUUCACUAAAGUCAUCUUUAAAGACCAUUAUUAUGAUUGCAUGUUUCGGAAUACAAAGGCUGAUUUACUUUUCGAUAAUCGGAUUCGAUCGUGUAUCGGUCAAGGAAUAUGGAGUUCAUUGGAAUUUUUACUUCACUUUAUGCGUACUUAUAACGUUAGGCUGUAUAAUACAACUCCCUCCAGUUGCCUCUUUCUUGCUAGGAUUCGUUGUUCUUCUGGUCUACCAGUAUAGCCUGACAUUGCUAAAUUUAGGUGAAUUCAUUGUCUCAGCACCAAGAACCAACUUAUUUUCAAAGAACAGAGAAGGAAUCCUUUCUUGCAUUUCCUUUUUCAGCAUGAUCUGUGUUCUUCGCAUAGUAGCCCAAAUUUUUCGGAAGCCGAGAAGCAAAACAGGAUGGUGGCUCGUAGCUCUAACUAUAUUUUCAAUUACGUUAGGGUCUUGGAUGCUGGGCUUUUUUUUUGAAAGUAGAUUAAACAUCUUGUCUUCAAGGAGAAUGUGUAAUGUGCCCUACAUUCUUUACACGAUUACACUUUGCAUGUUCGUUCUCUUCUUUCAUCUGGUCAUUGAUCUCAUUCUCCCUGUAUAUAGAACGCCCUUAACCGAUGCUAUCACCACUUCUAAUACUAAUCAGCUGAUCUUCUUUGUAUUAGCAAACUUGUUUACUGGUAUAACCAACCUGUUAAUAGAUACCUCCAAGAAAACCUUCAAUCAGGCUUUAUUUAUCAUGAUUUGCUAUACUUCUCUUUUAAGUGUUUCAAUAUUUACAUAUCAAUUUUUCUAUGAUAAGAAAAGUUCAAAAGUCUAAUUUGACUUCUGGAAACAAUGCUUUUUUUUGGUGUUCACAAUUGUUUCUGUCUGCAUAUCAGACGCGAGUUGACCUAAACUGUUACUUCUAUUACGGAGACAGUAGGUUUUUUAUCACAACCGUCCGUAAAUUAUUUUGUAAACUACUAAUAAACAAAUGGUUGUGACGGUUGCAUACAUAAAUAAGCCGUUUUAAAAUU